ACUGUAGUAUUGAGAGCAGCCGACAGGAGUCCCUGUUGCUGAGUGGUCUUCUUCGGCUGUCUUCGGCAUGUCCGCUGCAGAAUGACAACAUCGACCAGCACGGCCCUUUUUCCCUGACUACUGACUGCAAAACACAAACAAAACUUUGGCAGGAAGCUCUAUUGCUUUGGUCUCGUCCAGUCUUUAUGAGCCACUGGGUGGAGCAGCAACAUUAUGGCAGAUGACAAAGACGUGCUAAGAGACGUCUGGUUCGGCAGGAUCCCAACCUGCUUUACUCUCAACCAGGAUGAAGUGACUGAGAGGGAGGCGGAGCCUUAUUAUCUGCUGUUACCCAGGGUGAGUUACCUGACGUUGGUCACCGACAAGGUGAAGAAGCAUUUCCUCAAAGUGAUGAAGGCUGAGGAUGUUGAGGAGAUGUGGUUUGAAUACGAAGGGACGCCACUCAAAUGGCACUAUCCAAUCGGAGUUCUGUUUGACCUCCAUGCCUCCAACUCUGUCUUGCCGUGGAACAUCACCAUGCACUUUAAGAACUUUCCAGGUCAUGAUCUGCUGCACUGCUCAUCCAGCUCCGUGAUCGAGGCUCACUUUAUGUCCAGCAUCAAGGAGGCGGACGCACUCAAGCACAAGAGCCAAAUCGUCAAUGACAUGCAGAAGAAGGACCACAAGCAGCUGUGGAUGGGCCUGCAGAAUGAUAAAUUUGAGCAGUUCUGGGCCAUGAACCGGAAACUGAUGGAGUAUCCCACUGAGGAGGGAGGAUUCCGAUACAUCCCAUUCAGGAUAUACCAGACGAUGAGCGACAGGCCCUUCAUCCAGAAACUGUUUCGUCCCUUUUCGCCUGAAGGCAACGCUCACACGCUUGGCGACCUGCUCAAAGAGAUGUACCCUGCUGCGUUACCUGGCCACGUGAACGCUGUAGAGGCCCUCUGUCACCUACAACACCGUGUGGGGUGUAGAAGAGCGGACAAGGUGGCAGCCUUCAGAGAUAAGGUGAGCAGAAGCACUACCAGAUUCUGAUCCAUGGCAUCGAGCCGUUGCUGGAGACGCCGCUGCAGUGGCUCAGCGAGCAUCUCAGCCACCCGGACAACUUCCUGCACAUCUGCGUGGUCCCCGCCCCCACUGACUGAGGCCAGCCCUCUCUCACUGUCGUCGUGACAACCCACUAAGCAGCCGACCGCCAAACGGCGUCGCGGCUGCGAUGACGGCGGAGACUCGUCGGACAGACUCUUUGAGGAGACCACCACAACAAGACAGAGAAGGAGAUGGAAGGAAGGAAUGUUCCUCUUCAUCAAUGACUGUCUCCGCCUCUUCCUAAGGCUCACUUCCAGGAAGAACGCAUCAUUACCAGAGGAGAGAGGAAGAACGUUUGAUGCCGUCAUUGCCUUGGUUACCACAUUCCUGUGUCUCGUCCUUCUUACAUAUUUGAGUUUACAUGUGUGCCCUCCCAAACAGUCCACAAGUGGCCCAUCCUGGACUGGACCAGGCCUGCAAACAACUAAGAAGCAGGCCGUGUUUACGACCACUUUAACGUUUCUGUUGUCCCCUUCACCUUUCAAGCAGCCGUGCUGUGAUUCAGCUGCUUGUUUUGUUUUUCUGUGGUUGUGGCCAGUAGGCGACUGUCACAAGCAAAAGAAUAAACGUCUUGUUUGUGUCUCUCUCUUC